GCGCGCAAUGAGGCAUUUCCUUAUCAAAAAGCACGAGAGUAGAUAAGAAGAGCCCUCUAUUUCCCUUCCUGGAAAGAAAAGAAACACCAUUACAAAUGGCCUCUGUUUCACUAACUCUCCUAUCACCCCUAUUCUCAAAUUCUUCGAAAUCUUCAUUAAAACUUGGAAUCUCUAAUGCAAAUCAAACAUCAAUUCAAGAAAGCCUCAACCUCAUCUGUAUCGAUAGUAAAAGAGGAGUCAGCGUGAGUCAGAGGAGAGAAACAUUGAUUAAAGGGCUGGCACUGCUGCCGCUGGUGGUAUUCGGAGGAGCUCCCAUUUCAGAAGCAAGAGAAGUAGAGGUGGGGUCGUACCUUCCGCCAUCCCCCACCGACCCUUCUUUCGUCGUCUUCAAGGCCUCCCCAAAAGACACCCCAGCUCUACGCGCAGGAAAUGUGCAGCCGUACCAGUUUCUUAUCCCACCCACAUGGAAGCAAAGCCGAGUGGCCAACAUCUUGUCGGGAAAUUACUGCCAGCCCAAGUGUGCAGAACCAUGGGUAGAAGUGAAGUUUGAAGAUGAAAAACAGGGGAAAAUCCAAGUGGUGGCAUCUCCUUUGAUACGUCUAACAAACAAGCCAAAUGCAUCGAUCGAAGAAAUUGGGGACCCCGAGAAAGUGAUUGCAUCACUUGGUCCUUUUGUCACUGGAAAUUCCUAUGACCCGGAUGAACUCCUUGAAACAUCUGUCGAAAAACGUGGGCAACAGACGUACUACAAAUAUGUUCUUGAGACUCCAUUUGCUAUAACGGGUUCCCACAAUCUUGCAAAAGCAACUGCAAAAGGAAGCACCGUUGUAUUGUUCGUGGCUAGUGCUAAUGAUAAACAGUGGUCCACAUCCCAGAAAACUUUAAAAGCCAUGCUUGACUCAUUUGAAGUCUAAUUUUAUGCUACACUUGCAUUACAUUUGAUUUGAGGGAGAAACACAAUGGGAAUUUUAUUUAAUCUAUAGAGAUUAGAUAUACAAUACAUGUAUUUUUAUUAUAUUCUUAUCCUAUCCAAUAUUCGGAAGAUUAAUCAUAACCAUAUUUUCUAUUCUGUAA